AGCACCUUCUAAAGCACCUUCCUUUCAAGCUAUGGUCUUCCUCAGCAGCUGCCAUGCAGAACCAAACUAGGGUGACUGAAUUCAUCCUUCUGGGCUUCACUGACAUUUUGGAGCUCCAGAUCACCCUCUUUGCUGUUCUCCUUGUCACCUACCUCUUGACCCUAGCAGGGAACCUUCUCAUCAUCUCCAUCACUUUGCUGGAUCACCGUCUCCACAGCCCCAUGUAUUUCUUCCUCCGGAAUUUUUCCCUCUUGGAAAUCAGUUUUACCACCGUCAUUAUUCCCAAGAUGCUCAACGAUCUCCUUGCUACAAAGAAGACCAUCACAAUGAAUGCUUGUUUCAUCCAGUUAUUCUUUUAUUUCUUCCUGGGAAUUGCAGAAUUCUUUCUCCUGGCUGCAAUGUCGUUUGAUCGGUAUGUGGCCAUCUGUAGCCCACUCCGCUACACUAUCAUUAUGAACAACAGACUUUGCAUUCAGCUAGUGGUGAGCUGUUGGCUGGGCAGCUUUGUCUUUGUCUUCCUAACCACUGUCUUCAUCACACGCCUGCCAUUCUGUGGUCCCAAUGUCAUUGACCAUUUCUUCUGUGACAACUCACCACUUCUCAAGUUGGCCUGUGCUGACACCCUGCUCAUUGAGCUAAUCGACUUCAUUUUGGCAGUCAUUAUCUUACUAGGUACUUUGGCCAUUACCACCACCUCAUACAUCAAGAUUAUCUUCACUGUGCUUCGCCUCCCAUCUGCUAAGGAGCGGCAGAGAGCCUUCUCCACCUGUUCCUCCCAUAUUAUUGUUGUCACUAUGUUCUAUGGCAGCUGCAUCUUCAUGUAUGUGAGGCCUUCGCAAAGCAAAGGGAUUAACCUCAACAAGGGGGUAUCCAUUCUCAACACUGUGGUCACCCCAUUGUUGAACCCCUUCAUAUACAGCCUCAGGAACAAGCAAGUACAGCAAGUGGUAAGUGAUGCUAGGAAGAAGGUCUUUCCUAAGAAACUGGGAAUCUGGUGGAGGAAAGAAAGGGGAGGUGUAGACCAACACAGUGGCUGA